UGAGAAAUCAUGCCUGAGCCAGCAAAGUCCGCGCCUAAGAAGGGGUCCAAGAAGGCCGUUACUAAAGCCGCCGGAAAGGGCGGUAAGAAGCGCAAGAGGUCCAGGAAGGAGAGCUAUGCUAUCUACGUCUACAAGGUCCUGAAGCAGGUACAUCCUGACACCGGGAUUUCCUCUAAGGCCAUGGGGAUCAUGAACUCUUUCGUCAAUGAUAUUUUCGAGCGUAUCGCCGGUGAGUCCUCUCGUCUCGCUCACUACAACAAGCGCUCCACCAUCACAUCGAGAGAGAUCCAGACCGCCGUGCGUCUGCUGCUGCCCGGUGAACUCGCCAAACACGCCGUGUCUGAGGGAACAAAGGCCGUCACCAAGUACACCAGCUCCAAAUAAAUCUGUUGAAGCUUUCAACACCCCAAAGGCUCUUUUAAGAGCCACCCACUCUAUCAGAUAAACGAGCAUCCAAAUUAAUUGUGUGUUUAAAAUGAGUGCUGUUUCUUUAAAUAAGAUUUCAUAAAUCAAGAUUCAAGUCGGCUAACUUAAACUGACUAGAAUACAUUUUAUAAUACUGGGUGAUUGCGAUCACAUGCUAUUUUAUGUGAGGCUGCUUUGGUACGAACAACUGUAAAGUGCUAUAUAAAGUUGAAUUGAAUUAAAUUACUACUGAAGUGUGCAGCUCCAGUAUUUUGUAUGUUUGGUCAUAAAAAUGACAUUGUUUCUGUCAUAACUGAAUGGUAUACAAUUCAAAAAUGUAUAUAGCGAUGUAGAGUCACAGUCACAGAAA